AUGGCUUACAAUAACAUACAUACAAAUAACAUUCCAUGGGAUUGUGACACUCAACCAGUUGGUGCCAGACAGGCUAGUGCCGAUAGAUUGGACAACAAUUUUGAGAUAUGUCCUUCGCUUGAAUUAAAUCAGGAGAACAUUUCAUUAUUUAAUCAACAGCAGCAACAUCAUAUACAAUACGGAUCGCAAUACCAAAAUCCUUAUCAUGAAGAAGAAUGUCCACCACAACAGCUGGUACAACCGCUAGGUCAAUCUGGUGGCCCCGGGGCUUAUUUUAAUCAAGGCAUGGCAAAUGAAUUAUUUGUUGCUGAUCAUGACAGUAGUAAUUAUACCCGUUCUGAUUCAUCGCCUGUUUUCGUGAACCCAGCAUUGUCUCCAGAAACAUCUGAGACAUCAGCAGUGUACGAUAGUAAUAAUAGUGGAAGAUUAAAUGCAACCGGGUUUUCAGCAGCCCCAUCCGUAAACACCCCUAAUAAUCAAUUUAAUAAGAAAGGAGGGCAAAAGUCCAAGAAGCAAAUAUUAGACGAGAAGGAUGCUGCUUUAAUUGCAAGAGACGAUUCUGAAUUAACUGAGGAGGAAUUACAAUUGAAACGUAAAGCCCAAAACCGAGCUGCUCAACGAGCAUUCAGAGAACGUAAAGAAACUAAAUUGAAAGAAUUAGAAGCUAAAUUAUUACAAAGCGAAGAAGAAAGGAAUAAAUUAAUGGAAGAAUUAGAGUUGAUUCGCAAACAGAAUAUUUCAAUUUCUACAGAAAAUGAAAUCUUAAAAUCAAAUAAUGGACAUUCUGAUUCAAGAUUUGCUAUGAACCAUGAACAACAUUCGAAAUUCGAUUUCCCCAAAACCCAGGAUGAAUUUAUACAUGGUAUAAUUGAAGGCACCAACCAUAAUCUCCAGGAACAAAAUAAAAAUAAAGUAUAUAAUGAUACUGAAGGACAUAAAUUAUUGGCAUUGGGUGCUGUAUGGGACUAUUUACAGAUCAAAACAGAAGAAGCCAAUCUUGAUUUUAGUAGUAUCGAUAUUGCGGCAAUUAUGGACAGCUUGAAGGGGAAUGAAAAAUGUCACGGAUUUGGUCCUGCUUACCCUUUGGAUUUAGUUAAUCAAGUUGUUAGAGCUCAUCUAGGCGUGUGA